GUAGUGGAAUCCUAUUAGUGUUAUUAAUUUGUUCAUAUUCUCAUUCAUUCCCAAUUUGUUCAUACGCGAAGCCUCUGCAACUCUAAACCUCCAAACCCUAGUUCUUCACAAUCGUCCCAAGUUCACAAUCAAAACACUAAAUCAAAACACUCCUGCGCCAAAUCCCAAUCAUUCUCCAAUCUCUCCAUUCUCCAAUCUCCAAUUUCAUUCGAUUUCAUUCGUUUUCAUUCGGUUUCAUUCUCCAAACCCUAGACGGCCGACCCUGCAGAACGCCUAAUCGCCUCCGAAUUUCUUCGUUUUCAUUCGGUAAAGAGAGUUUUCGGCUUGUGCACGCGAGAAAUGCAUAUUUACAUUGUACCAUUAUCACAGCCAAGAUAGUCAACAUCAACAACAUACAGAACAGAACAGAACAAUGCUGCUAUGGAUUUGAUAAACAGUGUUGUAGGCGUUGAUGAGGAGGGACGGUCCCGGCAAAGGAUUCUUACAUUUGCUGCCAAGAGGUAUGCUGCUGCUAUUGAGAGGAACCCUGAAGAUUAUGAUGCGCUGUACAAUUGGGCAUUGGUACUUCAGAAGGGAGGUUUUCCAACCGUUCAUUGAAGAUGGAAGAAGUUUGCACACCUCUCAAAUCUGAUAGUAGAUUAAAGCACCGUCCUUUGACUCCUCUUAGGCUUUUAAGGGGUGUGAUAUGUUUGGUUGUGUUUCUUUCUACAGCUUUCAUUUGUAUAGUAUAUCUUUCGCCUCUGGCAGUUGUAGGAUUGCGACUGAUCAGCAUUCGUUAUAGUAGGAAGGCAGUAUCGUUCUUCUUUGGUCUUUGGCUAUCUAUGUGGCCCUUUCUAUUUGAAAAGAUAAACAGAACUAAAGUUGUCUUUUCUGGGGAUAGUAUUCCGAUGAGGGAACGUGUGUUACUUAUCGCCAAUCACAGAACUGAGGUUGAUUGGAUGUACUUGUGGGAUCUUGCUCUUAGAAAGGGAAGACUAGGAUGUAUAAAAUACAUCCUUAAGAGCAGCUUAAUGAAACUACCGAUUUUUGGUUGGGGAUUUCACCUUCUGGAAUUCAUUGCAGUGGAGAGGAAGUGGGAGAUAGAUGAGCAAAUAUUGCAAAAAAAUCUUUCAACAUUUCAGGAUCCAAAAGAUCCUUUGUGGCUAUCUCUUUUUCCUGAAGGAACCGAUUAUACUGAACAGAAGUGUAAAAGUAGUAAAAAAUUUGCUGCUGAAGCUGGGCUUCCUGUGCUGUCAAAUGUAUUACUUCCAAAAACGAAGGGAUUUCACACUUGCUUGGAAACUCUACGAGACUCAUUGGAUGCAGUGUUAUCGAUUGCAGUUGGCUUGGAAGUACACUUAAGCUUUCAUUUCUGCCAUAAAAUGACACGGCGCCACCAUCCUUUACAUGUUGGGUGUUGACCAUAGUGGCUGGAAAGAAUUCUGUCAAGGAAAGUGCGGAUAAUGUUAGUCCAGAUUCCACUUCAAGUGCGGAUAAUUGAGGUGUUCGUUGAUUUUGCAAUGUUGUUCGAGGUGUUCGAGAUGAAGAUCCUAAAGGGAAAGAAAUGGAGAGAGCAUUGAUGAGGUUACUUGGAAAUUCAACAUCACUAGCUUCCUGUCGUUUUCAUUAGUGGUAAAUUAGUUGGUUCUAUGGAUAGAGUUUUGACUUUUCAUAUUAAUGGGCUGUAUGCUUGGAAUUAGACUAGAUAAUUAGUGAUAAUGUUAAGCAUUGACUUUUAAUGUGUUGAAUGUAACUUGUUAGGAAUUGACAAUGACUUGUGGAAAAUAAUAUUCGGAAUUAUGUCAA